AGCAUUCUGUUAGCUGUCAGUGUUGUAAAACUCUCGUUUGUUUAGUGUUAACUAUUAUAAACAGGCGUUUUGGGUUUAGCAAAAUAUUGUUAAAUUCCCCAUUUAUUUUAUUAACAAAAAGUGCAAAUACAAUAAUUAAAUGGCCGACGAAACGGAGCAGCUUAGCCAGGUGAUUUUGCCGGUGAAGGAACCGCUGGAUCUCAUCCGAUUAAGUUUGGAUGAAAAGGUGUACGUAAAGAUGCGCAACGAAAGGGAACUGCGGGGACGUCUCCACGCCUUCGAUCAACAUUUAAACAUGGUGCUGGGCGACGCGGAGGAGACGGUAACCACUGUGGAGAUUGACGAGGAGACCUACGAGGAAGUGUACAAGACCGCCAAGCGCACCAUUCCCAUGUUAUUCGUGAGAGGCGAUGGAGUCAUCCUGGUUUCACCUCCCAUGAGGGUUGGCUAGCGGGUCCCCCUUCGAUUUUAAGUCAAUUCACCUGCAUUUAUACAUUCUGUAUUUAUAUUGGUUAAUAAAUGUCUAAAAGAAAA